CAUCAAUCUCACGUGAUUAUGGGGGGAGACAAGGCAGAAUCAUUGGGUGGCAGCAAAAGACAAAGCGCAGGAAAAGCAGGGAUCAAAGUUGAUAACCAACAGAUAUUAGCUGAAAGAGUAUACACCCAGGCACAACCUGAUUGGAUCGACUCAGGAUAUACUCCCUAAGGAGUAGAUGGGGGAGUAUACUGGACAAGAUAUAAAAGGACACUCAUUCAUGCACCUAGUUUAGCUCUUCGCAAUCAAUCUAAUUAAUCAAGCAUUGGUU